GUUGUGUUCCUAGACGAGACUUAUAUUCACGCGUCCUACACAGUAAAUAAAUGCUGGCAAAUAGAAAAUGAAGAAGGCGUCCACAAAAACGAUUCUGCUGGUGCACGAUGGAUUAUUGUUCAUGCGGGUGGUGAAAUGGGUUUUAUACCUAAUGCUAUGUUAAUAUUUAAAUCACAGUCGAAAUCGGGUGACUACCAUGAUGACAUGAAUAAAACUAACUUCAUGAAAUGGCUUCAGGAAAAACUCAUUCCUAACUUGCCGACUAAUAGCUUAGUAGUUAUGGAUAAUGCUCCUUAUCACACCGUAAAGUUAAACAAGGCACCAACAUUAAGCUCCACUAAAGUAGAAAUGCAAAACUGGAUCACAAAUAAGGGCUUAUCUUAUCUGCCUACCAUGGUUAAAGCUCAACUGUAUGAAAUCAUAAAAGAGCAUAAAGAAGCUCCAUUAUAUGAAGCUGAUCAAAUGCUUGAAGCUCAUGGUCACAAAGUGGUCAGAUUACCGCCAUACCACUGUGAGCUAAACGCCAUUGAAUUUAUGUGGAGUCUCGCCAAAAGACGUGUUGCAGAUAAAAACGUAGGGCAAGAAGCGAAUAACAUCGUUAAUUUAACCAAAGAAGCGUUUCAAAGUAUUACUGCAGAAGAUUGGCAAAAACAAUGCGAACAUGUGCGCCACAUUGAAGACAAGCUUUUUGAAAGAGAUGGGUGUAUGGACGAUCAAAUAGACAGCUUCAUAAUUGAAUUAAAUGAUGAGUCUGAAACAGAAUCCGACAGCAGUUACGAAGAUUCAUCUGAUUGUGACGAUUCAUCAUUGGCUGUCCGCCUGGAACAUGCAUAUUCCAAAUAAAUAUUUUAUUGCAAUAUGAUCUGUUGUUUUAUUAUUGAUUAAUAUAACAUUAAUGGUACAUACAAAUAAUGAUUUUGUGUGGAGAUAAAUAUUUUAUUAAAAACAUAACUUUCAAAAUAUCUCUGUGACUAAACUUGGUUGGCCGUUUAAUAUUUUUUUAGGUAUUUCUCGUUUUCUUGGGCAGAGUUCUUAACUAAAUGAACUUUUAAUGGUAAAUCCUAAGUAGGGGAGAGGUGCCAUGAAAGGGACACGUAUUGAAAGGGACAUUUCAAAUCACAGCUAAAAUAAAAACCGAUUCGGAUCAACAUAAUUUUUGUUGUAUGGCAACACCAACGCACAUUCGAUCGCACCAAACUUCAUGCUCCUGUCACUUCAAAGAUGGCGACAGCGUGUGAGUGUUCGUAUUGCCGUAGAAAAGUAUUUUUUUCGUUAUUUUUGUGAAACGUCUUUUCAAGUGAUGUUAAUUGAUUAUUUAUUCAUUUU